UAGCUCAUUACAAUCCAGCAGCCACUCGCAGUUCUACAGCGAAAGUGUUGCUAUACAAAACAUUUACAAACUUUUCCUUUUCCUUCGCCGAGAAAACGUGAGAAAACAGUCCAUUCGCCAUGUGUGAUGAUGAGGUUGCCGCAUUAGUCGUGGAUAAUGGUUCCGGUAUGUGCAAAGCUGGUUUCGCCGGUGAUGACGCACCACGCGCUGUCUUCCCCUCGAUCGUGGGUCGUCCCCGUCAUCAGGGCGUGAUGGUGGGCAUGGGCCAAAAGGAUUCCUAUGUGGGCGAUGAGGCGCAGUCGAAGAGAGGUAUCCUCACCCUCAAGUAUCCCAUUGAGCACGGCAUCAUCACCAACUGGGACGAUAUGGAGAAGAUCUGGCAUCACACUUUCUACAAUGAAUUGCGUGUCGCACCCGAGGAGCACCCCGUCCUCCUCACCGAGGCACCCCUCAACCCCAAGGCCAAUCGCGAGAAGAUGACUCAGAUCAUGUUUGAGACCUUCAACGCCCCCGCCAUGUAUGUGGCCAUCCAGGCCGUGCUCUCCCUGUACGCCUCCGGUCGUACCACGGGUAUUGUGCUCGACUCUGGCGAUGGUGUCUCCCACACUGUGCCCAUCUAUGAGGGUUAUGCUCUGCCCCAUGCUAUCCUCCGUCUCGAUCUGGCUGGCCGUGAUCUCACCGAUUACUUGAUGAAGAUCCUCACCGAGCGUGGCUACUCGUUCACCACCACCGCUGAGCGUGAAAUUGUGCGCGACAUCAAGGAGAAGUUGUGCUAUGUUGCUCUGGACUUUGAGCAGGAGAUGGCCACAGCUGCCGCAUCCACAUCGCUGGAGAAGUCCUACGAGUUGCCCGAUGGUCAGGUGAUCACCAUUGGCAACGAGCGUUUCCGCUGCCCCGAAUCUCUGUUCCAGCCCUCGUUCUUGGGCAUGGAAUCGUGCGGCAUCCACGAGACCGUCUACAACUCGAUCAUGAAGUGCGACGUGGAUAUCCGUAAGGAUCUGUAUGCCAACAUUGUGAUGUCCGGUGGCACCACCAUGUACCCCGGUAUUGCUGAUCGCAUGCAGAAGGAGAUCACCGCCUUGGCGCCAUCCACCAUCAAGAUCAAGAUCAUUGCACCACCAGAGCGUAAAUACUCCGUCUGGAUCGGUGGCUCCAUCCUGGCCUCUCUGUCCACCUUCCAGCAGAUGUGGAUCUCGAAGCAGGAAUACGAUGAGUCUGGCCCUGGCAUUGUGCACCGCAAGUGCUUCUAAGCUCACACUCAACACACAACAGCCACACACAACAACAACAACUACAACUACAACUACGCACACACUCUACACAAUGCACAGAUCGAGGCGUCGAGGAGGCGCCUAGGAUGAGAUGAAUGAUUAAUUUUAAGUGACAAAACCUCUUGCUGCCCUGCCGAACCAGACCAGACCAGGACCAGACCGAACCGAACCGAAACGGACCAAUCAAUCAGUCAAUUCUUGUACCAAUCAGUCGAUCAAUCAGACAGCAAUGAAAUGUAUUAUAUUUAUAUAUAUUAAUAUUUAUUGGAAGUGUCGCAAAUGACGAAAGGAGAACUUAAUAUGAGAUUAUUAAAAAUGAGUCUAAAUUUUACAGUCUUACAAAAUAAAUAGCAUCCAAUUUUAAUUAAAAA